AUGAUGAAGACCAAGGUUGGGUACACCCAGGGGUUUCUGCACAACCCGAGUUACGAGGACGUGUGUACUGGCACCACCCAGCAUUCGGAGGUUGUGAGAGUGCAGUACGAUCCUAAAGAGUGCAACUUUAAGAGCCUGCUCGAUCUCUUCUGGUCCAGGCACGACCCCACCACACUCAAUCGUCAGGUAGACAUUGAAGACGAAGAUGAUGAUGCAGAGAACAAUGGCGACGAUGACGAGUGCGAGGUUGAAAUCACCCAUCGCGGAGACGUCGUUUCAGCUGCUCUCAAAUCGAAUCGGAGAGAUCGAGAAGGGGAAUCAGAAAUUAGGGUUAGGGAUGUGAAAUUACGCGUUCAAGUGAUCGCAGAUCUCUGUCGCUGGUCCGAAAAGGAGUAG